CUUCUCAGGAGGCUGAGGCAGAAGGAUUACUUAAGCCCAGGAGGUGGAGGUUGCAGUGAGCUGUGAUCGUACCACUGCACUCCAGCCUGGGUGACAGAGCAAGACCCUGUCUCAAAAACAAUAACAAAAAACAGCUUCCUCUGCUCAGGGUCCAUCCAUAAGGGCAUCUCUGAGAAUUAAAGGCCACUGGCUUUUAACCUCAAAACUGUGACCCAAGGGGUUUCUGUAGUCCCCUCAAAGAACACUGAAUUAGGAUUUAGGGAGGAGAGAAGGAGAGACGCAGCUUUGGGAGACUUUGAUGUUAGAACUGUGUUUUCUGUGUGUUCCAGUGUGGCAGGAAGUCCCUUCCUGGAGUUUAUCCUCUCGCAUUCCGGGUGCCUAGCCCAGUGAGCUCCUUGAUUCCUAAAUUCCUGCUGGGAAAUGGGACAGGUUUCAGCCUCUGAGGCUCACAGUCCUAACUGCUGCCGGCUGGUGUGGCUUUUACCAGGGUGACAGUUCUGUCUCCAAGGAAUAAAUUCACUGGCCUUUGUCCCCUUCCCCCAAUUGGCUCAUGGCUUUUGCCUUUAAUGACUGCUACACAGGGUCUGAAGAAAACCCAAACACCAUAUUUCCUGGCAAUUCUGAGCAGCACAGGGUGGGGCAGCACAAGUUAUCAAAUUAAAUUCUCAAACACUGGCUGCUCCGCACCAUUGCCUUGCUUUAGUCCUGUUAUAGCAGUAGACAAAGGGAGUUUGCUUUGUGCUUUAUGGUUUUUUGCCAAAGUCCAUACUAGAUGGCGCAUGUUCUCCAACUUGGCUUUGUCCAUCAAGGUUCAAGAAAACAAUGGUCAGACAUGUUCCUCUUAACAAGCACAGUAUGUCCCCAAAUAGCAAAAAUCCAUACAGUCCUUUCUGGGUGAAUUUUUAAAUCUUAUGUAAAUCCAUCAACCCCAUCCUUUUUCCUUUGCCUGUCAGGAGAAAUUCAUCUAGCUUUACAUGAAUUAUGCAUGUUAUCAGAUUUCAAGCUCCUUGAGAGCAGGUAUUUUAAUUCUAUAAAGCCUCUACGUGACCUUGGACAUGGGUAGGUGCUUAAUUACUCAAGAUGCUCCUUGAAUACAGACGGUACACGACCCACACAGACUUAGAUCUUUACCACUUCCUCCCUCUCCCCACCCUGACUUGCCCAAUCCUGAAGGAACUGGAGACGUCUAAGUGUCUGAGGUUCACACUUCCACGGAGAAGCUUGGGUCUGUGUGGGAGGGAGAAAGGAAGCCAUCUGUCCACAGGCCAGACCAGGCCACACCCUGCUGGCACCCAGAACCCUUUGUCCCAGGCCCAGCCCUGUCAUUUUACUUUCCUUUGUAUCUGGAAAGCACAGGAAAUAUAGUAGUCAUAUGACAAAAGAAGGAAGGGUUGUUUGAGUUUUAGAAUAGUUUACUCAAAAAAAAAAAAAAAAAAAACAUAAAAGCCAAAGAGAAGGUCAAAGUUGACUGUGGAGAAGGCCUUGCAAGCAGGGAACUUGGGAAGAAUUAGAGGGAAUGAGUGAGAGAAGGCAACUGAGUUUGGAAAUAUUUUUUCUGACUAGCUUUUCUUUCCAAAUGCCACUGAACUUAGAUUGGUUUAGAAAGGGUUGUAGUAUAUCAAAGUGGCUAGAAGCAUAGGUUUGGGAAUCAGAUAAGGAUUUCAUUCUAGAGUGUGAUCUUGUACAAGUUAUUCAGCCUUUCUAAACCUCAAAUUCACACAACGUAAGAUGAAGAAAAUCACCUUCUGAAAAUUAGAGAUAACAUACGCAAAGUGAAUCAAUACAGGGCUUAACAUAUUUAUCACCCCUUUGGUAAAUAACCAUGACGAUUACCAGAGUUGUUAAGGGCAGUGGCAGGUGAGAAGCAGAACUCAUGGAUGGUAAUCCCUGGGCCAGCCAGGCUGACCAUGUGCACUUGGACGGACAAGUCCUUGACCCCAUCAUUGUGAAAUGGUGCAGGGAUGCACCACGAGGGUGUGGCAAGAUGGCUGACAACAGACUGGGAAGCAACUCAGCAGAAAAACUGGAUUGAUGCCCACUAUGGCGAGAGGCAUCACCUCCCUGUGUUCUGUGAUGUUUCAGUCUUGGAAAGACAAGCACCAUGUCUCUGACCAGUGCCUUCAGGGCUGUGGACAAUGACCCUGGGAUCAUCGUCUGGAGAAUAGAGAAAAUGGAGCUGGCGCUGGUGCCUGUGAGAGCCCAUGGCAACUUCUAUGAGGGGGACUGCUAUGUCAUCCUCUCGACCCGGAGAGUGGCCAGUCUCCUAUCCCAGGACAUCCACUUCUGGAUCGGGAAGGACUCCUCCCAGGAUGAGCAGAGCUGUGCAGCCAUCUACACCACACAGCUGGACGACUACCUGGGAGGCAGCCCUGUGCAGCACCGAGAGGUCCAGUACCAUGAGUCAGACACCUUCCGUGGCUACUUCAAGCAGGGCAUCAUCUACAAGAAGGGGGGUGUCGCCUCUGGGAUGAAGCACGUGGAGACCAACACCUACAACGUGAAGCGGCUGCUACAUGUGAAGGGGAAAAGAAACAUCAGGGCCACUGAGGUGGAAAUGAGCUGGGACAGUUUCAACCGAGGUGAUGUCUUCUUGCUGGACCUUGGGAAAGUCAUCAUCCAAUGGAAUGGCCCAGAGAGCAACAGUGGGGAGCGCCUGAAGGCUAUGCUUCUGGCAAAGGAUAUUCGAGACAGGGAGAGAGGAGGCCGUGCUGAAAUAGGAGUGAUCGAGGGAGACAAGGAGGCAGCCAGCCCAGAGCUGAUGAAGGUCCUUCAGGACACCCUUGGCCGACGCUCCAUUAUCAAGCCUGCAGUCCCUGAUGAGAUCAUAGAUCAGCAGCAGAAAUCAAAUAUCAUGUUGUAUCAUGUCUCAGAUUCACCUGGGCAGCUGGCAGUCACAGAGGUAGCAACGAGGCCUCUGGUCCAGGACUUACUGAACCAUGAUGACUGCUACAUCCUGGACCAAAGUGGAACCAAAAUCUACGUGUGGAAAGGAAAAGGAGCCACAAAGGCUGAAAAACAGGCAGCCAUGUCUAAAGCGCUGGGCUUCAUCAAGAUGAAGGGCUACCCCAGCAGCACCAAUGUGGAGACUGUCAACGAUGGUGCUGAGUCGGCCAUGUUCAAGCAGCUGUUCCAGAAGUGGUCAGUAAAGGACCAGACCAUGGGCCUGGGGAAAACGUUCAGCAUUGGUAAAAUUGCUAAAGUUUUCCAGGAUAAAUUUGAUGUGACGCUGCUACACACCAAGCCAGAGGUAGCUGCCCAGGAAAGAAUGGUUGAUGAUGGCAGCGGAAAAGUUGAGGUCUGGAGAAUUGAGAACCUGGAGCUGGUCCCUGUGGAAUAUCAGUGGUAUGGCUUCUUUUAUGGGGGAGACUGUUAUCUGGUCCUCUACACAUACGAGGUGAACGGGAAGCCACAUCACAUCUUAUACAUCUGGCAGGGCCGCCACGCCUCACAGGACGAGCUGGCAGCCUCAGCAUACCAGGCAGUGGAGGUGGAUCGGCAGUUUGACGGGGCCGCUGUGCAGGUUCGAGUCAGGAUGGGGACGGAGCCACGCCACUUCAUGGCCAUCUUCAAAGGGAAGCUAGUUAUCUUUGAGGGUGGGACUUCCAGGAAGGGAAAUGCUGAGCCCGACCCUCCGGUAAGACUCUUCCAAAUUCAUGGAAAUGACAAAUCUAACACCAAAGCAGUGGAGGUUCCAGCCUUUGCCUCCUCCCUAAACUCCAAUGAUGUCUUUCUGCUGCGAACUCAGGCAGAGCACUACCUGUGGUAUGGCAAGGGGUCUAGUGGGGAUGAGCGGGCAAUGGCUAAGGAGCUGGCCAGCCUUCUCUGUGAUGGCAGCGAGAACACUGUGGCCGAGGGCCAGGAGUCCGCCGAGUUCUGGGACCUACUGGGAGGGAAAACUCCCUAUGCCAGUGAUAAAAGGUAUGGGAACACAGCCUCCUCCUCUUCUGGGCUCCCCCUGCCUGCCAGGCUUAUGAAUUGCACAAAGGCUAAAUCCUCAGUUUUAAAAACAUUUCUAAGCAGCUUGGUGCCCUUAAAUGGACUGUAUUGCAGACUUCAGCAGGAAAUUCUAGAUGUCCAGUCCCGUCUCUUUGAAUGUUCCAAUAAGACUGGCCAAUUCAUUGUCACUGAGAUCACAGACUUCACCCAGGAUGACCUGAACCCCGGUGACGUGAUGCUCCUAGAUACCUGGGACCAGGUGUUCUUGUGGAUUGGGGCUGAGGCCAAUGCCACGGAGAAGAAGAGUGCCCUUGCCACAGCGCAGCAGUACCUGCUCACUCACCCCAGUGGCCGAGAUCCCGACACACCAAUCCUGAUCAUUAAGCAGGGGUCUGAGCCUCCCAUCUUCACAGGCUGGUUCCUAGCCUGGGACCCUAACAUUUGGAGUGCAGGAAAAUCAUACGAACAAUUAAAAGAAGAGCUGGGAGAUGCUGCUGCUAUCAUGCAAAUCACUGCUGUGAGUCAGGACAUGAAGAAUGCAACCCUCUCCGUGAAUUCUAUUGACAGUGAGUCAAAAUAUUACCCUAUAGCAGUUCUGUUGAAAAACCAGAAUCAGGAGCUACCUGAGGAUGUAAACCCUGCCAAAAAGGAGAAUUACCUCUCUGAACAGGACUUUGUGUCUGUGUUUGGCAUCACAAGAGGGCAAUUUGCAGCUCUGCCUGGCUGGAAACAGCUGCAAAUGAAGAAAGAAAAGGGGCUUUUCUAAAGCAAGAAGGCCUAUAUCUACUGCAAGGCCACAGAAGAGAGCAGAUAGUGCCAAUAUCAGGAAAUAAUUUAUCCACCAAUUUCUGCCUGACAUUCAGCUACUUAAUUUAGAUAUAAUAGAGUCUGAAAAUCACUGUUCUCCAUUUUUUCUCAUCCUUGCAUUCCUUCCUUGUUAUAUACCUAAAAUGUUAACCACAUGGUUUUUGGAUUUUGUGGCCCUCUAGCUAAAGCCUCAGCAGAAAGCACUAAAACUGCAUAAAUCUGGAGAAAUCAAAAGAAAGAGAACCAAAAAACAAUGCUCAAAAUGUUUAAUAACUUUGUUUAGCAUUAUACCAGGACCUACCUUUGUUUCCAAUUUUAAGAUCAUUAUUUCUAAAAUCUAUUUAACCUGUAAAUCAUUUCAAAGCAUUUUUAACUUUUCAAAUAAAGAUACCUCUAAUGAACAAAU